ACCGCCGUGAGUGGGAGGGGCCAACCCGAGCAGAGUUAGCCACGUAGCUAGCUGCUAGCGUUAGCCGUGUAGCUACAAUGGACGUGCCACAUCAUGGGUACCGAGCAACUAAACAAAGAGCUCGCGCAGCUCCCCCCACAGGUGACUCGGUCUUGUUCGAAGACACCAGCUCACCAGCAUCUGGAGUGAACAACCAGGGCUUUUACACUCCAGGUUACAACGUGGGCGGACCCUCAAACGACAUGCAGGGAGGCGUGGGUGUAAACAACCUGUUCACUGACCCAAUGGCCAACGCUGCCAUGAUGUACGGCUCUUCUUUAGCCAACCAAGGGAAAGAUAUGGUAAACAAAGAGAUUAGCAGAUUCAUGUCUGUGAACAAGCUGAAAUACUUCUUCGCAGUCGACACCAGAUACGUACUGAAGAAACUCAUGAUCCUCAUGUUCCCAUAUACACAUCAGGACUGGGAGGUCCGUUACCAUCGAGACUCUCCACUGACUCCAAGACAGGAUGUGAAUGCACCUGAUCUUUACAUACCAACCAUGGCUUUCAUUACCUACAUUUUACUUGCUGGAAUGGCUCUUGGUAUUCAGAAAAGAUUCAGCCCAGAGGUCCUUGGAAUAUGUGCCAGCACUGCCCUCGUGUGGAUCAUCAUCGAAGUCCUGGUCCUGUUGCUGAGUUUGUAUCUUCUGACGGUACACAGCGACCUCUCAACGUUUGAUCUCAUCGCCUACAGUGGAUACAAAUAUGUUGGAAUGAUCUUCACAGUGUUGUGUGGCUUACUGUUUGGCAGCGAUGGUUAUUUUGUGGCCCUCGCUUGGUCCUCCUGUGCUCUUAUGUUCUUCAUUGUUCGAUCUCUGAAAAUGAAGAUCCUCCCCUCCCUCUCCUCAGACUCCAUGGGAAUGGGAUCAAGUGCCAAACCCCAGCUCCGCCUUUAUAUCACUGUGGCAACUGCAGUCUUUCAGCCAAUCAUUAUUUACUGGUUAACCUCUCACUUGGUCAGGUGACUGUGAGGCAUUCAAAGUCCAAAAAAAUACUGGACCCAAAAAUGUGGUGUGGAGUGUUUAUACAGUCGCCUCCUCUGUCAGUAAACUCAGAACAUUUGUAGGAAGUUUUGAGCUGAAGCCCAUCUUUUUCAGGAUGAAACAGUUUUAUUAAUAUAACCAGAAUGUGUGAAACUAAUUGUCCCUUGGUUUAUUGUGACUAUAAAUAAAACUGAUAAACGCUUUAUUGCUUUCCACAUAAAGGGCUUUUAUUGACACAUUUGUUUAUUCUGUUCAAAUUUCUUUUUUAAUUAUUGGGUGUGUUUUCAAGUAUUCAAAUCUUAAAGUACACCCAAAGUGGACAGAAAUCUACGUUACAUUAAACUCAAGAUUCUGUUUUUGCUAAACGAAAAUGCUGCUGUCAUCUCUCUGUCUGUUUUUGGUUCUUAAUUUUAUUUAUCUACAGCACAUUUGACAAAGCAUGACAAUGUUGGAACUUUUGUAUGAAAAAUAAUAAAUAUUUUGCUUUGUGUAUACACUUUU